AUGUUCCUUCAAAAGGGUGGCACGGGCCCGCGCAAUGCCUCUCAGCUGCCGCAGGCCCGUUUCUCUCUUCGUUUGGGAGAGGGGCCAUAUCUUAUGCGCCUUUUCUCCCACGCCCUGAGCCGUCAUCCCUUCAAUCAGCAGGUAUUCCUCGUUGUUUCCGACGGGCAACCGGGUUCCUCAACGUCAAGAGUCCGAUCGGCUCUUAAUUCAGCUAUCUCCAGGGUAGCCAGCGGGAGCUGUUGCCUCUGCUUGAGAAACGUCUCUCUAGAUGCAUUUCUUCAUCUGCCUCUGCAGCAGCUGUUGCUGAAGCGUUGGAAGGGAUCUCUUCUUACUUGGCGGGGACCUGGGGGUUCAGUUCCGUGUUGUGAAGCAGCAACAGCAGGUGCCACGGAUGCGCCGUGCCCUGUGAUAGGAGAUACUGGAGGAGAUAGGAAUGCGGCUUCUUUACAGAAUGACGGCGUCAUGAUUCUGAAGUUGGAUCGCUUCACGGCGCAGGUGCUAGGGCUUGACACGUGGAUACGGCUGCCUCACUUUAUGCGGAAAUCUCUGCCGCCUGGAACUCGCUACCUGAAGAUAAAUGUACAGCACCCGGCAGUCGUACGCCACCAGAAGCUGAUCACCGAAAACAGGCUAAAACGACAAGCACAAGGCGUACAACUAGAACAGGGAAACCCGAUGGCAUGCCCGCCUUCUCGCCUCUACGAACAGCUUCGGCGAAGCCUGAGUUCACUCGAGCCUGUCGACCUCCUCGCCAGCACAGCACCACCUGAAGGAGACUGUGGGAGCAUCGAAGCAAGGCGUGAGCUUGCGGAAGAAGUACAGCUACUCCUGCGAGCGAGCGGAAGCCCCAAUGCUACUUGUAAUAUCGUGCAGCUGCAGUGCCGCUUGUCAGAAUAUAGAGGCGGCAUUGUAGACAUGACUGAGGAGGCCGCUUUGGCAGCAAGCACGGCGAGCUCUACAAAUACGCAGCAUGGGGAUGAACUACUCAUGAUUCCAGACCUCCCCGUCUCCCAAAUCUCGAAUCGCCUUCUGUUACCGGACUGGGAAAAGCUUUUUGCUGCUGCUGCCCUCGCUGCACCAAGACCAUGCUCUCCGCCAGUUGGAGAGGCCACUGCAGCUCUUGUGGUGAGAAAAAAAUGCCAAAGGAAAACGUCCGGUAGUCGUAGCACAAAAAUAUCCAAUCAAGCGAGGUCGCAGAAACCCGAUGGCGGCGCGACAUCGAAAAGUCUUAGCUGCAGUGAACUAGCCGACGCUGUCAAUAGCCCGCGACAGUGCCUACCUAUCCGUCCGGAUUAUCUAGAAGCGCUUCAGCUGCUGCAUGAAAGACAGAGGCAAUGGAGGUCGCGCAGAUCGAAACAGCGGAAUGAGGACACCCAACCGGCGCCAGAAAGUGCAAGUCACACUGAGGAGGCGCUGCAGCUGGCAGCCCCCCCAGCAUUCAGGGAGCUGCCGCCAGCAGAGGCCUUAUUCUCCAGAGUCACUGAGUACCUUGGAUGCAUUGGUAUGGACAUUCCAGUUAGCAAAGACGACUGUGAGUGGCUGAGAGAGGCGGACAGGAUGAAAGAUCCUCAUUCGAUUCCCGUUGCUAGUGUGUCUGGGGGUCUUCUUCACUCAAAUGCUCUGGUAGCGAGUGCAGAGUAUCUUUGCACAUGGCUGCAAUCACAAGGGCCAGGAGCCUGGGCAGCUAUAUCUGUUGUAGGAGUUGCGGAGACAGCAGUAGUGUACACAGGGCAGCCACACGGAAGUGACGUCAGUGGCGAGUCAACUCUGCAUCUAAUUCUUAGUGCUGAUGGAUCAGCCAACGUCCGCGGGAUCCUACUGCAAACAAUCGCUGCCUGCGACGCGACUACCAGUAUGCCAUGA